UAGGUCUGGCCCUUCUGCUGAAUGCUCAUCUGGCUUGAUCACCUAAGAAUUUUAAAUUCUCAUCUACUGGGCUUCAUGGGUCCACUGAGCUUCAUGAACUGGUCUGCCUACAAUCUGAUAUGCUACUUCACCAACUGGGCCCAGUAUCGGCCAGGCUUGGGGAGUUUCAAGCCUGAUGACAUCAACCCCUGCCUGUGUACUCACCUGAUCUACGCCUUUGCUGGGAUGCAGAACAAUGAGAUCACCACCAUAGAAUGGAAUGAUGUUACUCUCUACAAAGCUUUCAAUGGCUUGAAAAACAGGAACAGCAAUCUGAAAACCCUCCUGGCAAUUGGGGGUUGGAACUUUGGAACUGCUCCUUUCACUGCCAUGGUCUCCACUGCUCAGAACCGCCAGACCUUCAUCAAUUCAGUCAUCAGAUUCCUGCGUCAGUAUGGGUUUGAUGGACUGGACCUGGACUGGGAAUACCCGGGCUCUCGUGGGAGCCCUCCUCAGGACAAGCAUCUCUUCACUGUCCUCGUGAAGGAAAUGCGUGAAGCUUUUGAGCAGGAGGCCACUGCGAGCAAUAGGCCCAGGCUGAUGGUUACUGCUGCUGUAGCUGCUGGCAUUUCUAAUAUCGAGGCUGGCUAUGAGAUCCCAGAACUUUCCAAGUAUCUAGAUUUCAUCCAUGUCAUGACAUAUGACCUCCAUGGGUCCUGGGAGGGCUACACUGGAGAGAACAGUCCCCUCUACAAAUUGCCGACCGAGACUGGCAGCAAUGCUUACCUCAAUGUGGAUUACGUCAUGAAUUACUGGAGGAACAAUGGAGCCCCAGCUGAGAAGCUCAUUGUUGGAUUCCCAGAGUAUGGACACACCUUCAUCCUGAGCAACCCUUCUGUUAAUGGAAUUGGCGCUCCCACCUCUGGGGCUGGCCCUGAUGGGCCCUAUACCAGGCAGGCUGGGUUCUGGGCCUACUAUGAGAUUUGCACCUUCCUGAGAAAUGGAGCCACUGAGGUCUGGGAUGCUCCUCAGGAAGUGCCCUAUGCCUAUAAGGGCAACGAAUGGGUUGGCUAUGACGAUAUCAGGAGCUUCAGUGUCAAGGCUCAGUGGCUUAAGCAGAACAAUUUUGGAGGUGCCAUGAUCUGGGCCAUUGACCUUGAUGACUUCACUGGCUCUUUCUGUAACCAGGGCAAAUUCCCACUUACCUCUACUCUGAACAAAGCCCUCGGAGUGUCCACUACAGGUUGCACAGCCCCUGACCUUCCUACUGAGCCAGUGACUUCUCCUCCAGGAGGUGGGAGUGGGAGUGGGGGUGGGAGUGGCAGUGGGGGUGGGAGCUCUGGAGGAAGCACUGGAGGCAGUGGAUUCUGCGCUGACAAAGCCGAUGGCCUCUACCCUGUGGCCGGUGACAGAAAUGCUUUCUGGCACUGCCUGAAUGGAAUCACAUACCAGCAGCACUGUCAGGCAGAACUUGUCUUUGAUCCCAGCUGUAAUUGCUGCAACUGGCCGUGA